AUGCAGACCCAAGGAAGUCAGUCUAUGCGUCUAACAGACGGCCGCAGCAUCUCUUAUGAUAUCUCCACAGCUCCAGAAGGUGUUACUAGGCCGCUCAUACUUCUAGCAAACUCGCUUUGCGCUCCAUAUCGCACUUGGGACGCGGUAGUGCAGCAGCUCAACACUCGUGGCAUCGAUGUGCUGAGGUACGAUCAACCAGGCCACGGGCUCAGUGGGAGUCCUAAGAAUGUUGACGAAACAACAUUCGAGUCACUGGCGGACGAUGUGGCAGCACUUCUGCAGCACCUUCAAAUUUCGAAGCUUGACGCUUGGGUAGGCGUAUCUAUGGGAAGUGCGACUGGAGUGGUGUUCGCGACGAGAUACCCGGACAUCAUCGAAAAGCUCAUUAUCUGUGACACAAUCUCGAGCUCCCCGCGAGUCGCAGGAACACCGGACGUCUUUCAAAUCCGUUCGCAAGCAGCGGUGGAGGCAGGAAAUCUGGGCGAUAUUGUGGAACAAACGAUUGAUCGAUGGUUUACGCAAGCAUGGAGACAAGGGAAUCCUGAGGAGCUCUCUCGGAUACGGACCGUCAUGCAAACCACAACCGUGGAGGGAUUUGCGGCAUGUUGCCACGCUUUGAGCGCACCUACUUUCGAUCUACGGCCGCUAGCUCCGAAGCUGGCGGACUGCGUGAGGGAUGUGGUGUUAGUUGUCGGUGAGAACGAUGCAAAUCUCCCACAAUCUAUGAAGGAGCUGCAGAGUUUGGUUCAAGGCAGGUUUAGCAGCGAGAAGGAUGGCAAAAAGGUCGACCUGCAUGUCCUGAGGGAGGCGGGUCAUGUUUGCUAUCUGGACAAUCCAACAGACUUCAUACACGUCGUUGCUAGUGAACUACGCACGGAGACUGCUCUUCAAGGUAUGCUUUAA